CAGCCAUAACAUGGUGGAUUCGCUCAAUAGUGGGGGUAUUCUGAGAGGAAUACAGUGCAUGAUCAGAGAAACCUACAUCCAUACAUAAACAUCUUUCGCGGCCACGCAGCACAUACACAGCAGCCAUGGGGCUAAGCGACGAGCUCAACAAGUUCAUCCCAAAGGACUUUGGCAAGAAGAAAAAGAAGGCAGUCACCACAGCCCACACUACAAAGCAGACCAAAAGCACCAGCAAGCCCGCUGCGCACCCACGCACACCCACCCCGCCAGCCGACCUGCCCCCAGCCAAGGACCUGCCGAUCUCGCACCACUUCCGUCUUUCAGAGCACAGCAAAACCGUCUCGGCGCUCUCCUGGGAUGCCUCGGGCGACACGUUGCUGACUGGCGACCACCAGUCGCUGGUGAAGCUCUGGGACUUUACUUCCAUGGACCAAGCAGCGCAUUCCUUACGCACACUCAGCCCAUUCGAGUCCCAGCGCAUCUGCCAAAUUAAGUUCCUGUGCGCAAGCAGCGAUCCGCGCGUAAAGCUGUUCGAUGCAGACGGCCAUAAGCUGUGCGAGUUCCGUCGCGGCGACAUGUACGUGUCCGAUAUGCGGAGAACUAGCGGCCAUGUGUCUGGCGUAACAUGUGUGGACUGGCGCAUAGGCGCGCCGCAGCAGUUCCUGUCGGCCAGCCAGGACGGGACCGUGCGUCUGUGGGACUGCAACCAGCCGCACAAGCAGCUGGCGGUGAUUGUGGCCAAAUCCCGCACCCGCACAGCCGUGACAGCAGCUAAAUAUACACUGGACGGCAAGGCGAUAAUUGCAGCGCAGCAGGAUGGGGCGCUGGCCGUGUGGCCAACCGACGGCCCAUAUAUGCGCCCGGCACAGCUCCUCAAUGGUGCGCACCAGGGCGGGAGCGAAACCACCUGUGUUGAGUUGGCCAGCCCAGACACGUUCCUGACGCGCAGCACUGACGAUACGGUGAAGCUCUGGGACCUACGCAAAUUCACCGAGCCAUUGGCCCAGCAUGACCUGGAGACGCCAAACGAGGCCAACCUGGCGCUCAGCCCCGAUACACAGCAUGUCCUGGCCGGUGUCUCCAACGGGCAGAUCAGUGUUUUGGACCGCCAGACGCUCACGCCCAAGCACGCAGUUACUGUGCCCGAAACCACCGGCGGAAUUGUACGUAUAGCCUGGCAUGCAAAACUCAACCAGAUCGCCUGCACGAGCACAGACGGGUCCACCACGGUCCUGUUCGAUCCCGAGACAAGCCAGGCAGGUGCUCUUCUGUGCUACGACCGGAAGCCGCGCAGGCAAUUCGACCAGGUGGCUACGUCCUCGACAAUUAUCACACCGCAUGCCCUGCCGCUGUUCCGCGAGGACCGGCCGAUGUCGGCGAAGCGGAGGCGCGAGAAGGAGCUGAAAAAGGCGGUGAAGCCGAAGAUGCUGGUGCAUGGGCAUGGGCACGGCGGCGAGAUCGGCAUCAAUGAGACCCAGCAUAUCAUGAAGAGUCUGAUCAAAGACACGCUGCGCGAUGAGGACCCGCGCGAGGCGCUGCUAAAGUACGCGAGGGUGGCCGAGGAGGACCCAAAGUUCAUUGCUCCGGCAUACAAGGGCACCCAGGACAAGCCGGUGUUCGAUGAGUCGGGCAUGGCCGACGAGCCAGCCAUGAAGCGGCGAAAGUAA